AAAUGUACUUAUAUGGUACAAAAAAAGGCCUUAUACAGAACAUUGUGUUAAAACAGACAUCACAACGUAAUUCGUCAUUCAAAAUCCUUUAAUUUGAUGGGUCAUACAUUGAUUUCUGAUUAUCCGUUCCAAAGAUACAAAUAUUUAUACAAAAUUAUGAAAAAUCGAAUAAUUUGAAAUAUUUACAAAAAUAUUUUAAGUUGUUUGUUAACAUGCCGGGUGUGUAUGGUUGAUAAGAAAAGAGUGCAGACGUUAUUUUUGUUAAUAUUAACCUCCAAAGAUAUGACAAGCCACAAUGCUAAAAGUCCGGAUGUAGUCGGAUGAGAACAUGUAACCGCAGUUGUUAUUUGUGUAAAUGUUAUCACAUAUUUUUAAAACUAUAAGGUCUUGUUUUUGCAAAACACAUUCAAACAUUUGAUCACGUUCAUGCUGUGUGAAUUUCGCCUAUAAAUACUGAAACAGACGAGCAUAUACCACAGUCGACAUCUGACAGUUUCUACAGUAUAGUUGCAGUGUUCAGUGGAAAAUAUUCAAUUAAGAUAUUCCUAGCGUUCAGACGUGUGCUCUGGUGAGUUUUAUAUAGUUCAGAAGUGUGCUUUGGUGAGUGAUAUAUUUUAAAAAAUUUUUGAUUUUUUGAAAAUUUGUGGUUUUUAUCACAAUUUGUAGUUUUUUUUUUUCUGAAAAUUUAUUUUUGAGUUUUUUUGUUAAUUCUCUAGUUUUACGAAAAUUUUACAUUUUAAUUUAGCUUUGAAUUUGCUUAAAAUGUCUUUAAUUGCUGAUUUAAUUGUUAAAAUCGCAUCCAUCUUGGGAUUAAUCCCAAACAAUUAUAAUGAUGAAAAGAUACGAGAAGGCCUCAUGAAAUGUAAUAAGGCAAUCAAAAAUAUCAGGGACUCUAUGAGAUAUGCUAAGACAAUGGGGGAGAAACAGCAUUUGGAAGCCCAGAUGCGGCAAGUGAAAACGCUACGAAAUCAGUUAAAGGUCGAACAAAAGAAGGGGGCGGGACUGACACCUACAAAGGAGACUGCAAAGCAUAGGGUACAAUGGGAUGACUCUUUAUCUGCGUUCAACUCACGAAUUCGGACUGGGGUCAUCUCAAACCUUAAACACAAGGACCCUGGCAGUUUUCUAGUGGAUUGCAAAGCCCUGUUCAAGCGGCGAAUUCAGAACGCACUAAAGAAAGAGGCGGCCGUUAAGGUGAAUAUAGCAUUUGGUGGAGAAUUCGAGAUUGCUCAAGGCGAUAAGAUGAUCAAUGAAACGAAGUACUUUACUACUUCAAACUCAGCCAUAUAUCGGGACACGAAUCUUGAUGAAUGGUUCGAGAAAAAAGUAGUGGAGCCCAUCAGCCGAGACUUGGAAGAAUUCCAAGAACGUGAUUCCGGAUGGGCUCUAAAGGCAGUUGUUAACCUGGGGGUGAAUAUAAACAAAUUUACACCGCAACUUGGCUCCUCCUACAUUGAACUUCCUCCUCAGAUUAAGAGAAAAAAAGCAUGCGUAAAUGUCAAAAAUGAUGAUGAGGCAUGCUUUGCAUGGGCAAUUGUAUCGGCGUUAUAUCCUGCUACCAAAGAUGCUCAAAGAGUUUUCAAAUAUCCACACUAUUCUGAUGUAUUGAAAUUAAAAGGUAUUCAGUUUCCAAUGACCAUCAAACAAAUUCCUAACUUUGAAAAACAAAACAAUAUAUCCAUUAACGCAUAUAAUUUGAAAAAGGAGAAGAAGAACUAUACGACCCUCCCAAUCUUGCUAACAAAGAACAGAAAGGAUAAACAUAUAAAUCUUCUUCUGAUUCAAGAUAAUUAUGACGAGCCGCCUACUCAGUACCAUUACGUUUGGAUUAAAAAUUUAUCCCGCCUCCUUUCCAAGCAGCUUAGCACCGAAGAUGGAACAAAAUAUUUCUGUGAUGCCUGCCUGCAUUACUUUCGAUCACAGGAACAGUUAAAUGCUCAUAAGACAUGCUGCAAAGGUCGAUCAGAUGUUAUCUGUGAUAGGUGCUUACAACCGUUUUCAUCAUCAAAACAGCUUGAAGCGCACACCACCGAUUGCGUAAGAAUUAAUGAAACAGCCAUCAAACUGCCAGACGAGAGUAGAAAAAUGCUAAGAUUUAAGAAUUAUAGGAAUAAGAUUAAAGCCCCCUUCGCCGUAUAUGCAGAUCUCGAAAGUGCAUUGAAACGUACGGGAGAUCCUAAGAAGUAUCAGGAACAUAUUCCUGUAGCAGUUGGGUAUUUCUUCAAAUGCUCAUAUGAUGAUACUCUCUCUUUUUAUAACUCUUAUCGAGGAAAGGACUGCAUGAAAUGGUUUGCAGAUGAACUUAAUCAGCUUGCUGAGAAUGUAUCUACAGUGUUUAUGUGCCCCUAUGAUAUAAAUAUGACAUCUCAGCAGGAAAGAGAUUUUCAUGCUGCCACUCAUUGUCAUAUCUGCGAGCAGCGCUUCUCCCCCAGUGAUAAGAAAGUCCGAGACCACGAUCACAUGAUUCCUGAACAUAACUACAGAGGGGCGGCCCACGAAGGGUGUAACAUUAAUUACAAAGAUGCUCACACUAUCCCAGUGAUAUUUCAUAACCUUAGCGGGUAUGACGCGCACUUCAUUGUUAACGAUAUUGCUACGCAUAUCAAAGGUCCAGUAGAUCUUCUUCCUAUUACUAAGGAGAAAUAUAUCUCUUUUACGAAACAUAUCGAUCAUGCUCGAAUUAAAUUCCGUUUUAUCGAUAGUUUUCGAUUUAUGGCUUCUUCUCUCGAUAAGCUCUCUUCGUAUUUGACAGAAUAUCCUAAUCUCAACUCUCAAUUUUUAUCACUAUCUGAGGAGAAUUUCAAUCUUCUAACUAAGAAAGGUAUUAUGCCAUAUGAUUAUAUCGAUUCAUUCCAAAAAUUCAAUGAAACAUGUCUACCGCCCCAGGAAGCAUUUUACAAUAAACUUGAGGAUAAACCAUGUCCUCGUCGGCAUUAUCGUAGAGCCCAAGAUGUCUGGUCUUCAUUCUCCUGCUCCAAUCUCGGGGAUUAUAUCGAUUUAUACAUGAAAACGGAUAUUCUCCUUCUUGCGGACGUCUUUGAGCAAUUUCGAUCCAGUUGUCUUAAAACAUAUAAUCUUGACCCAGCUCAUUACUUUACUCUUCCCGGCUUCACAUGGGAUGCAAUGCUUAAGCAUACAAAACAGGAACUGGAGCUUUUAACAGAUCCAGAUAUGUUUUUGUUUGUGGAGCGUGGUAUUCGUGGUGGUUUGAGUCAAGUAUGCUCGAAACGUCGCGUCCACGCUAAUAACAAGUAUAUGGAAUCUUACGAUCCAUCAAAGCCCGACUCCUAUCUCAUGUAUUUCGACGUUAAUAAUCAAUAUGGCUGGGCAAUGUCGCAAUUCCUUCCGUAUGGAGGGUUCGAGUGGGUUGAUGCUAACAUCGAUGUUCUGUCCACACCUGACGAUGCUUCUGAAGGGUACUUCCUCGAGGUCGAUCUGGAGUACCCCCAACAUAUUCACGAUCGUCAUAAGGAUCUUCCGUUUUGCCCCCAAUCAUUGAACCCUAAAACUAUGCUUCCUCCUAAACGACCGCGAGAGCAAACCAAAUUAAUGGCUACCCUUCAUGAUAAAGAAAGAUACGUAAUUCAUUACAGAACUUUGAAGCAAGCGCUAGCACACGGAUUGGUGCUCAAAAAGAUUCACCGAGUCCUAAAAUUUAAGCAGAGUCCUUGGUUAAAAUCAUACAUUGUCUUGAAUACAAAUCUCCGAAAGGCAGCGAAAAAUGAAUUUGAGAAAAAUCUCUUCAAGCUGAUGAACAACGCUGUGUUCGGCAAGACCAUGGAGAAUGUGCGCAAGCGCGUUGACAUUAAAUUGCUUACUGAAUGGGAGGGUCGUUACGGAGCAGAAGCUAGAAUAAGUAGUCCCCUAUUUAAGAAUGCUACUAUUUUUAAUGAAAACUUGGUAGCUGUCGAGAUGCAUAGAGCGGAAAUAUGGUUGGAUAAACCAAUAUACGUGGGCAUGAGUAUAUUGGAUUUGGCUAAAACCACGAUCUAUGAUUUUCACUAUGGGUAUUUAGAUAGAAGGUUUGGUGAGAACUUUACGACCUGCUAUACAGAUACCGAUUGUGAGAUCGUAGAGAUACGGGAAAAAGAUCCCUAUGAAGCUGUGAAAACAGACUGCCACAAGUAUUUCGAUACAUCUGACUAUCCUAAAGACAAUAUGUAUGGCAUCCCCCAGGUUAAUAAAAAAGUACUUGGACUGAUGAAGGAUGAGAAUAAUGGAUGCAUUAUGACAGACUACAUAGGGCUCAGAUCUAAAUUAUAUACAACAAAAGUAGCUAUCACAGAUAAUGAUAUAAUGAAACUGAGGGGAAAGUUAAUAGAUCAGGAGUAUGAGGACGAUGAGAUUGAAAUACUUAUUAAAAAUUAUGGUGUGACAAAGAAGGCGAAGGGGGUUAAAAAAUCUGUUGUAAAGACUAAAAUUACCUUCGAAGACUAUGUCGAGUGUUUGGAUACCUUUACAACUAAGACAGCCUCGCAGAAUCUUAUACGCUCUGAUAAACACCACGUAUAUACAAUUACACAAAGCAAGAUUGCUCUUAGUCCCACUGACGAUAAACGAUAUCACCUUCCGGAGUCUUAUGAUACGCUACCGUGGGGACACUAUCUAGUUGAUAAUCUUAAGAUGGAUGUUGAUUAG